AUGUCGGCCGCCGAGCUCAAGGCCAAGGGCAACGCCGCCUUCGCCUCCAAGGACUACACCACCGCCAUCCAGCACUACACCGACGCCAUCGCCGCCGCAUCCUCCCCCGAAGACGCCGUCCACGUCCUCUACUCGAACCGCAGCGCGUGCUACUCGGGCCUCAAGCAGUGGGACCAGGCGCUCCAGGACGCAGACGAGUGCAUCAAGGCCAACCCCGACUUUGCAAAGGGCUACGGCCGCAAGGGCGGCGCACUCCACGGCGCACGCAAGCUCCAAGAGGCCGUCGACGCCUACAAGCAGGGCCUCGACAAGGCUCCCCAGGACGCCGGCCUCAAAAAGGGCCUCGAAGACGUCCAGCGCGCCCUCGACGCCGACGCCGCCUCGGGCCCCGAGGCGUCCAUCGGCAACAUGUUCAGCGACCCGGACAUGUUUUCCAAGAUCGCCGCCAACCCAAAGACGGCCCCGCUCCUCGCCGACGCCGCCUUUGUCGCCAAGCUGCGCCAGAUCCAGGCCAACCCCAAGGAGGCCGGCAUGGCCUUCCAGGACCCCAGGAUGAUCCAGGUCAUGGGCGUGCUGAUGGGCAUCGACCUCCAGGCCUUUGAGAGGCCCCAGGGCUCCGACGAGCUGCCCGCCGACCUCGAGGGCAAGCGCGACCAGAUCGACGCGCAGACCAAGGCGGCGGCCGCGGCGGCCGCGCCAUCGGCGGAGACUGGUGCCGAGGCCUCCUCGUCGUCGUCGUCCAAGCCUGCCCCCGCUCCGGCAAAGGACGAGGCUGGUACAAAGACGGCAGCGCCGGCCGAGGACGUCGAGAUGCACGAUGCGGCGGGCGACGACGACAAGAAGGCCAAGGAGGCGGCCGACGCCGAAAAGAAGCUGGGCAACGAGCGCUACCUCAAGAAGGACUUUGAGCCGGCCAUCGCCCACUAUCAGAAGGCGUGGGAGCUGUACAAGGACAUCACCUACCUCAACAACCUGGCGGCGUGCUACUUUGAGCAAGGCCGGUACGACGAGUGCAUCAAGACGUGCGAGACGGCCGUCGAAGAGGGACGGGCGGCGCGCGCCGACUACAAGCUGAUUGCCAAGGCGUUUGGGCGGAUCGGCACGGCGUACGCCAAGCAGGACGACCUGGAGCGCGCCAUUGCCAACUGGAACAAGUCGCUCACCGAGCACCGCACGCCCGACGUGCUGGCCAAGCUGCGCGACGCCGAGAAGCUGCAGCGCGAGCGGGCGCGCCAGGCCUACAUCGACCCGGCCAAGGCCGAAGAGGAGCGCAACCGGGGCAACGAGCUGUACAAGAAGGGCGACUUUCCCGGCUCGGUCUCGGCCUACUCGGAGGCCAUCAAGCGCGACCCGUCGGACCCGCGCGGCUACACCAACCGCGCCUCGGCCUACACCAAGCUGGCGGCGCUGCCCGAGGCGCUCAAGGACUGCGACGAGGCCAUCCGGAUCGACGCCAAGUUUGUCAAGGGCUACAUCCGCAAGUCCAACGUGCUCUUUGCCAUGAAGGAGUACACCAAGGCCAUGGAGGCCAUCCAGCUCGCCGAGACGGUCGACGCCGAGCAGGAGGGCGGCGCCAAGAAUGCGCGCGAGAUCCAGCAGCAGAGCGCAAAGUGCAUGCAGGCCCUCUACUCGCAGCGCAGCGGCGAGUCGGACGAGGAGACGCUCCAGCGCGCCAUGCGCGACCCGGACGUGGCCGCCAUCAUGCAGGACCCCGUCAUGCAGAGCAUCCUCCAGCAGGCCCAGGGCAACCCGGCCGCGCUCCAGGAGCACAUGAAGAGCCCCAUUAUCCGCGACAAGAUCCACAAGCUCAUCGCCGCCGGCAUCAUCAAGACGCGCUGA